CGUUUUCCCUUCUUCAACACUCGCGUAGUUCUUCAUUUCCGUGCCUCACUCUUACUUACACCACCACAAUUACACAAAGAAGCUGUGAUGCGAACGUGACUGCCGUCUGACCAUCUAGCAACGAUCACAUUCAAUAAGAACAAGAUGUCAGCUCUUUUCAACUUCACGUCUCUACUACAAGUACUGGUUCUUCUUAUAUGCACAUCCACAUACAUUCACUCCAUGUGGCCAGCAGUGCUAGACAAGAAUAAGACAGGCAUAUUGGGUCUUUUCUGGAAAUGCGCUCGUAUAGGCGAAAGAAUGUCUCCGUACGUGUGCCUUUGCUGCAUCAUCAUCGCAAUCAACCAGCUCAUACAAUGACUGAUGAAUUGAUUUCAUUCGUACACGGAAAUCAUUUUACGAAAACU